CUCGCCCCGGCCGGGCCCGCUGCACAGCCCCCGGCGCACUUCCAGCCCGGAAAGUACUUCCCGUCGCCGCUGCCCAUGGCUUCGCACACAGCCAGUAGCCGCCUGAUGGGGAGCUCUCCGGCCUCCUCUUUCAUGGGCAGUUUCCUCACCGGCAGCCUGGGCUCAGCGGCCUCCACGCACCCCAGUGGCCCCACCCCGUCCCCUUCGGAGCAGGCCUACCACAGCUCCCACCCUGCCACCUCCCAGAUCUGGUUCUCCCACUCCCACGAAGCUCCAGGGUACCCCAGAUUUUCGGGGAGUCUGGCAUCCACCUUCCUACCCAUGAGCCACUUGGAUCACCAUGGAAACAGCAACGUUCUCUAUGGGCAACAUCGUUUCUAUGGAACCCAAAAAGAUAACUUCUACCUGCGCAACCUGCCCCCCCAGCCCACUCUUCUGCCUGCCAACCACAACUUCCCCAGCGUGGCCCGGGCCGCCCCUGGCCACCCCAUUGGCUCCUGCAGCCGCGACCGGGGUGAGGCUGGCCUCCUGCAGAAGGGCACCAAAGAGUGCGACCGCUUCCUCAUGGGCAAAGAGCUGGGCAGAGAGAAGGCUGGCAAGGCGGCAGAGGGCAAGGAGCGGCCGGCAGCGGAGGAGGACGGUGGCAAGGAGCGCCAGAAGCUGGUGCUGCCCGUGCCGGCAGAUGGGCACUGCAAGGAAGGUGGCGCCGCACCCCGGGGCACCUGUGAGGGCCGCCCAAAGCACCUGGCCUCCUGCCUGCUCAACACCAAGGUGCUCAAUGGAGACAUGGGCAAGGCUGCCCUGGCCAGCUGUGCAGGGGGUAUGCUGGCACGGCCCGGCAUGGGUGUGGCGGCCUCUGGACGCUGCACCAAGGAGGCAGCGGGCCCCUCGGAGCCUGGGCCUGCCUUCAGCGAGUGCCUGGAGCGGCGGCAAAUGCUGCACCACACUGUGUCCUACACAGUGCCGUCUGGCCUGCCUGCUGGGCCACCCCCGCCCCUCAGCACAGCCACGGGCUCCUUCCCCUGCCUGCAGCUGCAUGGCAGCACGGACGGGCUCUGUCCACUGCAAGACAAAGUCCCCCGGGACCUAAAGGCCAGCGGGCCCACCUUCGUGCCUUCAGUGGGACACUUGGCCGACAAAAGCCGCCCCUUCCAGGCGGCCGAGGCCUGUGCUGUGGCAGGUGAGGGCAAAGAUCGGCACCUGGAUGGGGCCAUGGCCCCUGACCGUGCUGCACCCUACGGGGUGUCCUAUGCCCAGCUGAAGGCCGAGGGCAAGGGUGAGCGGCGGCCUGGGGUCUUCGAGGCGGCCCUCAACCCCCGGCUCAAGGGCCUGGAGUACCUCAACAGUGUGGGCCCUGAGGCCCCCUUCCCCGGGCUCCCCAAAGGCAGUCUGGACAAAAGUGGCUACUUCGAGUUGCCCACCCCCUUGCAGGACUGUGCCCGGCCAGGUCACCAGGACCCGUUGGGUGGGAAGGUCACCCAGGCCUGCUGCACUUUAGACAAGACUGCCAGCAAGGAGGCCCCCGCGGGUCCCCCUGGGGCCCAGAAGGUGGCCCGGAUCCGGCAUCAGCAGCACUUGGUGGCCCCUGAGGUGGAGCCAGGGGGCAAUGGGGCCGAGGCCAAGCGCAAGUCCCUGGAGCUGGCAUCUCUGGGUUACAGUGGGCCCCACCUACCCCCGUGGAGCGUCCAGUCAGGCCAGGGAGCCACCAUGGCCAUUGGUGAGGAGCGCAAGGGCAGCGCCUACCUGGACCCCUUCGGCGGCAGCCUGCAGCAGGCGGCUCUCCUGUCCCAGGACCUGCCCACCCCACCCGACGAAGUCUCAGCCAUGCAAAACCUGCUCAAGUACAGCAACCAAGCGCUGGUUGUCAGUCAGAAGGCACCCUUUGUGGGCCUGGGUGGCCUCAAGGCCAGCUGCGCCCAGCAGGACGUGAAGUUCCCAGCCUCCAAGGGCCCAUGCCAGGCCCCUGGUGAGGUAGAGAGGCCCAACUGUGCCCGGAGCCGGGAACACGAUGCCCCACACAGCGAUGGAGAGGUGCGGCAGCCACCUGUGGGCAUCGCAGUGGCCUUGGCCCGGCAGAAGGACACGGUGAGCCGACCUGAGACGGCCUAUGGUGCCAGCGCUGGGCGGCAGGGCCGGGCAGCCCCCACCUUCAAAGCUGGCGGUGGGCCCCGCUCCACCCACGCGCUGGACCUGGAGGCUGAGGAGGAAAGGACGCGCCUGUGUGAGGACCGCCUGGGGCUCUCCGGCCGUGAGCUGCUGCUGCAGGACAACAAGGACCUCGUGGAAUUCUCCCGGAUCCACCCGUCAGGCAGCUGCCCCGGAGACCUGGCCCCUCACCUCAUGAUCGCCAGCGGCUCUUCCCUGCAGAGCAGCCAGCUGGGCGGGGACCCAGCCCCCCACCCCCACCCUGCCCACCCCUCCUGGCUGCCCCGCACCCGCAGCCCCUCCUUGUGGAUGGGAGGACAUUCCUAUGGCCUUGGGCACCCUGCCCUGCACCAGAACCUGCCCCCCGGCUUCCCUGCCUCUGUGCCCGGCUCCAUGCCCUCCGUCUUCCCCCUCUCCCAGGACACCCCCGCACAGCUAGUCAUCCUGCCCUCAGAGCCCACGCCCCACCCCACGCCCCAUGCGCUUGCUGAUGUCAUGGACCAGGCCUCGCUAUGGCCCCCCAUGUAUGGGGGCCGGGGCCCCGCCUCCCACAUGCAGCACCCAGGCCAGCUCCCCGUCUACUCACGGUCCCAGUUCCUGCGACAGCAGGAGCUCUACGCCCUGCAGCAGCAGCAGCAACAGCAGCAACAGCGGGCUGCCCAGGCCCUGGAGCUACAGCGGGCCACCCAGUUCCAGCGGAAGCCCGAGGACCACCAUGUGGAGCUGGAGGAGCCCACCCAGGAGAAGGCCCUGAAGUCCACCCAUAAACCAGUUGCCUUAACCCCCACGGCCAAGGGCACCCCCUCACCCGCCACCACAGGCCCUGCCAAGCUGCCACCUUGCUGCCACUCGCCCACCCUGAAGCCCCCUGCCAGCUGCCCUGCACCGCCACCACGUCCCAGCGCCCCGUGCACUUUAUCCCUCUGCCCCACCGGCAGCCCCGGGCCUGGCUCCAAGCUAUCCAGUGCCGAGGACACAAGUGGGGAGGCCCGGCGGCCCAGAGCUGACCUCAGCACGUUGGAACCAGACCUGCCUCCCGGAUACACAUGCCCUGCGGCCGGCUCGGGCUUUUCUCUGCCCCCCAACAUGCACUCAUCUGACCUCUCGGACCCUGAAACUAUGCAAACCGCCUCCCCCGGGGCCCGGCCUGAGCCAGCAAGGACGUUCCCGCCUGGGGAGCCACCCCGCCGCAGCCCCCUGAGCCUAGAGGAGCCUGGGCUGCCCUCAGGGGCCAGGGAGGCCACCCAGGACCUUGCCGCCACCCCCUACCCUGCAGAGCAGGAAUCCCCGGGGAAGGCAGCAGACCCCAGCCCACUGGAAGGGCUGCGAGAACUGCAAUUCGGGUUCCUCCUCGAGGGAGGGGUCCCUGAGGCCACUGGCCUGGCUAAUUCUACUCAGGGAGGGGCCCAAGAGGAGAGGACCAUGGAGGAGGGGAGAGCGGAGGGGAAGCAAAGGCCCUUGUCGGGGGCUGGCCCCCAGGCCCUGGUGCAGCAGGUGGGGAGCCCAGGCACCCUGGAGCCAGGCGAGGGGCAGGCCCCUGGUGAGGCAGAGCCAGAGGAGGAGGCCGAGUUCCAGGAGGACGAGCUGGAGGAGGAGGAGGAGGAUGGGGGGUCGACUUCCCACAGCAGUCACUUGCCCAGGACGCGGCCAGGCCUGGACGCCCUGGUGGCUGCCACCAUUAACCUGGGGGACCUGCCCAGUGUCAGCCCACUGGAUCCUCUGCCCCCCACUAUCCCUGGGCCGCCCAGCACAGCUCCCCUGCCCCAUAGCUCAGGGAUUCAUGGAAUCGCCCUGCUCAGCGAGCUGGCUGACCUCGAGAUCCAGCAGCGGAGGAGUGAGCCAGCCUUGCCAGAGGAGGAGGAUGUCCUGGCCUUCAACCUGCUGCGCCUGGCCACGCUGGCCUCAGCCUGGUCCCUGGUGGAGGCUGCUGGCCUGGACAGCCCGGCCUCCUCAGCCCAGCACCUUGCUGCCGACCCCUGCAGGGCUCCCAUGCUCACCCCCCGCAUGCAGAUCCUGCAGCGCAAGGACACCUGGACCCCCAAGACCAAGCCUGUAUGCCCGCUGAAGGCCACCAUCGACCAGCUGGACACGCAAGAGGUGGAGAUGCGCAUGCAGCUGGCAGAGCUGCAGCGGCGCUACAAGGAGAAGCAGCGGGAGCUGGCUCGCCUGCAACGCAGGCAUGACCAUGAGAGAGAGGAGAGCUCGAGGAGUCCGGCAAGGCGAGGACCCGGCCGGCCGAGGAAGCGCAAAUACUCCAGCUUGCUGCCUACCCUGCGUGCCGGCGGCCAGCUCCCCAGGGGCGACAGCAAGAAAGUCAAGGCCGUGCGGUCCAGCCUGAGCCUGCUGUGUGCCGAGCUGCGGGGCGGUGGUGAUGAGCCCACAAAGAAGCGAAGCCGACUGGUAAAGGGCGUCCACGUGGGCCUGCAGCCUGUCUCUGUGGAGAAGGUUCGGUGCAAGAAGACCAGUAGUCAGGGCGAGCUGGCGUCUGCAGUUGCCCACAAGGUGGCCCAGCUGAAGCCAAAGGUCAAGAGCAAAGGGCUGCCCGCCAGCUUCAGCCCCUUCCAGCGGAAGGAGGCUGCCCCAGGCGGGAGAAUUCGGAAGAAGCUGUCCCGAGCCCAGAGCGCCACAGUGUCUGGGGCAGCCCGGCACCCACAGCCCAUCAUUGGCAACGGCGGCAGGGAGACACCCAAGUUCCCCGCCCAGCCAGCAGAGGCCACAGCACAUGAGGCAGGCAAUGGCUCUGACAGUGAGAACGGCGAGGGUCUCUCAGGAACAGAGACACCCCGCAAGGAGCCUGGGCUGGUGCUGCAUACUGGGGCCAGCAUGGCCAUGCUGGGGCCCUCACCCUCCUCCGUGGUCAAGAUGGAAGCCAACCAGAAGGCCAAGAAGAAGAAGGAGCGGCAGGGCUUGCUAGGGGCCUGCCACCUGUCCAGCCCAGAGAGUGAGGUCAAGAUCAAGAGGCGGACGGUGAAGGCCAAGGUGGGCACCAAGCUGGAGCGGGCCCCGGGGCGCAGGCCCCCAGGCGCGCCAGGCGAGAAGGCGGCCAAGGGCAAGGCCAAAGGCGGCCGGCGCAGAGAGCCGGGGGCCACCCCCAGCAGGGACACCCUCUUCAGCCCCACCCGGGCCUUCACCUGCCGCGAGGAGGGCAGCAAACUGGCCAGCGAGCGCCUCAAGAGAGCCACACGCAAGAGCACGAUGCUCCAGCCGGGACUACGGCGGAAGAAUGGGGCCCUCUCCAUCGCCCUGUCGCCCCGAAACGCCAAGGCCAUCCUGGGGAGGGGCAGGAAGGUGGCCAAGGUGAAAAGCAAGGCCGGCAGCAAGCAGGGCAAGGGCCGGGCGGUGAGCCGGCUGCUAGAGAGCUUCGCAGUGGAGGGCGACUUUGAGUUUGACGACAGCAGCAGCUUCUCAGAGGAGGAGGAGGGUGCCAGCGGCCGCCUGAGCGCAGAACAGAGCGCCGCCCUGGCGCGCUCAUGCACCAUCCACAAGGAGGACCUGCAGGACGGGCUGCCCGUGCUCAUCCCCAAGGAGGAUAGUCUGCUGUAUGCAGGCAGCGUCAGGACUCUGCAGCCCCCGGACAUCUACAGCAUCGUCAUCGAGGGUGAGAGAGGCAACCGGCAGAGGAUCUACUCGCUGGAGCAGCUGCUGCAGGAGGCGGUUCUCGAUGUCCGGCCGCAGUCUAGCCAGUAUCUUCCUCCUGGCACGAGGGUCUGCGCCUACUGGAGCCAGAAGUCCCGUUGCCUGUACCCAGGCAAUGUGGUCCGAGGCGCCUCCAGUGAUGAGGAGGAGGACCUGGACUCAGUGGUGGUGGAGUUUGACGAUGGGGACACCGGCCACAUCGCCGUCUCCAACAUCAGGCUGCUGCCUCCGGACUUCAAGAUCCAGUGCACAGAGCCCUCGCCAGCCCUGCUGGUGUCCAGCAGCUGCCGGAGGACCAAGAAAGCUUCCUGCGAGGCCCCCCCACCCAGUGAGGCCACUGCCCCUAGCCUGUCCUCUAAGGUGCAUGACAGCCCGGAAGCCUCAAAGACCCCUGGGAAGAAAUCCAUCAGCAAAGACAAAGCUGGCAAAGCGGAGCUCCUACCCUCAGGUGCCAAGCCCUCCUCAGGGGCCUCAGACCACUUCCUGGGCCGCCGGGGCAGCCCGCUGCUGAGCUGGUCGGCAGUGGCGCAGACCAAGCGGAAGGCGGUGGCCGCGGCGACAGCGGGUGGCAAGGGGCCGGGCGUGCUGCAGAACCUCUUCCAGCUCAACGGCAGCGCCAAGAAGCUGCGGGCCCGCGAGGCGCUGUUGCCCGUGCACAGCGUGGCUGCGCCUGUGUUCGGCAACGGCUUCCGCGCCGACUCCUUCAGCAGCCUGGCCAGCUCCUACGCGCCCUUCGUCGGCGGGGCUGGCCCGGGCCUGUCCGGGGGCACCCACAAGCUGCUGCGGGCCAAGAAGGCCGAGCGGGCCGAGGCUGAGAAGGGCGGGCGGCAGCGGGCAGGCGGCGAGUUCCUGGUCAAGCUGGACCACGAGGGCGUGACCUCCCCCAAGAACAAGAACUGCAAGUCGCUGCUCAUGGGCGACAAGGACCUCGGGCCCAAGCUGGGGCGGCCCCUGCCCAACCCCAGCUACACACACCCGGCCCUCGUGGGCAAGGACAGGAAGGGCCGGGCACCCGUCCACCCACUGCCCAUGGGGCUGGCGCUACGAAAAUUCACAGGCCAGGCUGAGUACCCGCUGCCCUGCGACAGUGACUGCCACAGCUCCUACUCAGACGAGGAGGAGGAUGGGCCCGGGCUGGCCCCCAGCAUGCCCUCCCGCUUCCUCGCCCGCCUGUCCGUGUCCUCCUCCUCCUCGGGCUCGUCCACCUCCUCCUCCUCCGGCUCCCUGUCCACCUCCAGCCUCUGCUCCUCGGACGAUGAGGGCUCCUCCUACAGCUCAGAUGACGAGGACCCGGCCCUGCUACUGCAGACAUGCCUCACCCACCCGGUGCCCACCCUCCUGGCCCAGCCCGAAGCCCUGCGCUCCAAGGGAGGCGGCCCGCACACGCACGCCCAGCGCUGCUUCCUGUCCAGGGCUGCAGUGGCCGGCGGGGGCACGGGCCCCAGCGGCAGCAAAUCCAAGCUGAAGCGUAAGGAGGCCAUGAGCUUCUCCAAAGCCAAAGAGCUGUCCCGGAGGCAGCGGCUGCCUUCCGUGGAGAACCGUCCAAAGAUCUCCGCCUUCCUGCCCGCCCGGCAGCUCUGGAAGUGGUCAGGGAACCCCACACAGAGGCGCGGCAUGAAGGGGAAGGCCAGAAAGCUGUUCUACAAGGCCAUCGUCCGGGGCAAGGAGACGCUGCGCAUCGGAGACUGUGCCGUCUUCCUGUCGGCUGGGCGGCCCAACCUGCCCUACAUCGGCCGCAUCGAGAGCAUGUGGGAGUCGUGGGGCAGCAACAUGGUGGUGAAGGUCAAGUGGUUCUACCACCCAGAGGAGACCAAGCUGGGGAAGCGGCAGAGCGACGGGAAGAACGCACUGUACCAGUCCUGCCACGAGGACGAGAAUGACGUGCAGACCAUCUCCCACAAGUGCCAGGUCGUGGGGCGUGAGCAGUACGAGCGGAUGACGCGGAGCCGCAAGUACCAGGACCGGCGGGACCUCUACUACCUGGCAGGCACCUACGACCCCACCACGGGACGCCUGGUGACAGCUGACGGCGUGCCCAUCCUGUGCUGAGCCUGCACCUGACUGGCCCGCAGAGGCCCUGCGCGCCCAGUGAUGCCCAGGGCGCGGAGCCACGAGGACGCUGGACUGGCGGCCACGAGCCCCGCACGCCUGAGGGGCGAGUCUGAGCAAAUAUGCAAACCCACCAGGCAAGAUCCAGGCUUUUUUAUUAUUUUCCCUGGAAAGAGAGCUCCUGGGCCUCGGAACCCAGUCCCAUCCUGUCUGCUGCAGAGAGUCGGCUGUGUCCCACCAGCCAGCCACUCUCUCUUUUCCCACACCGGCAGUUCAUGAGAGAUUAGAAUCCAAGCCAUAUUUUCCCUAGUACCUCCGACUGUCUCCCACCAGGGAAAGCAGAAAUCAGGUGUGUUGUCUAUUUAUUUCUCUAUGUAAAUACUGUAUUUCUGCGGGGAAGUUUU